AUGGAGUACAGAAGGGACUACGAUAGGCAGCGAGGGGAGGGAUUACGAUACGCGGAGCGAGAAGGGUACUCGGAGCAAGGAGGGUUACCAUUCUCAGAGCACGAGUUUCGACAACGUUUCGCCAACCCCUCGACGUCGCAAGCACUCGUUUUAGCAGAAGGGACUUCGUUUCUACCGCGUUUUUCUGACGAUGGUGACUCAGACGAGGGCUCCCGUCCCGUUAUAAGCCCGAAUACGAGGUUCGCCCGUCAUGUGGUUGAGACGCUAUCGCGUUCGAUUGAGGACGACGCGGGGGAAGGAGGUGCGGGAUGUCCGCUGGCGGAAGGACAGCGAUGGGUCAAUGACAGGGGGGACGCGGGGGAAGAACACGGCGGAGGGGUGUCGCAACGAUCGGCGGGCGAACAGUGGGAGGGAGAGGAAGGAGCGUCGCGAGGUAGAGCUGCUUUGCAACGGGAUAGGAGGGGGGAGAGUUUGCAACGGGAUACGAGAGGGGAGAGCUCGCGACGGCCGUGGGGCUCACAGGAGGUUCGCUUUCCAACGCAAGGGCGUGACGCGUCGCAAUUUCAGGGGCGAAGCGAGCGCGCCGACGUGCGUGGGAGCGGAAGCGGGGACGCGAGGCGGGGAAACCAGCGCGUGAUUGCGGAGGACGGUCCGCGCGAGCGGGUGGAUCCGCGCUCUGGUUCGAACUUACCUGUAAAGUCUGACCGGCAGCCCAAGCGCGGCCUUUCCGUUAGGGUUGACGGCCUUUGCGAGGGGGCCGUCGGGGGAGGUUACGCGGAGGCGGGUGGCGGCGGAAGGAGCGCGGAAGCUGGAGGGGGGAACUUCUCCGCGCUGAAGGCGGGCGCGGAGCGGAGCAGGCGGAACUUGACGGCGGUGGACGGUGCAGUUCCCGUAAUCGCCGACGGGCAGCUUCAGCGAAACGGAACGUGGGUAGACGGUUUGGAAAAGUCACUUUCGGCGCCUGUACUUCCGGACGGUGUGUAUGACGGUAGCGGGGGUGCUUUUAACGGGGACGAGGGCAGCCCGUUGGGUUCAGCACACGGAGCUACGUCCGGAGGGAUGGACGGCGAUGGAAGCACCGCGUUUGGCGCUUCUGUCGCUGCUGAAAGGAGACCCGCGCCUUCCUACGGAUGCCCCAGAGGCGUGCUGGGCGCUCGUUCGUCCGUUUUCGCUUCCCUCCCCUCCACCUCCUCCGGUUUUGGAGCCCUUCCCUCUGAUAUGCCGUCGCCGUUUCCCUCCGGCUUGCCCGCCGCGCUGUCGUGUCCCCCUGUGAGGGGGAAACGCGCGGGGUUGGAGGGCGCGGGCGCGGACGCGCGGGGGAUUUCUCCGCGGAGUGGCGCAUUCACCGGACGCUCGAGCGGGAACGAGUGGGAAGAGGCGGUUUUGCGCGGGGGGGAGGAGGAGAGGGCGGAAGUACGGUUGCAGCGCGGGCGCGGGCGGGAGAAUUCGGCGGACGGGGAACGCGCGCUGUUCGCCCGGCCUAGGGACCGCGAGCCGGCGAUUGGGCGGGGGAAUAUCGGCCGAGAGGCAGCAGCGGCAGCAGGGGGCGGAGGAAGCAGCAGAGGAAAGUUCGUUUACGGAAGGGCAGGAACGGCAGGAACGGAGAAGAACAAGGUUCAGACCAGCACCGCUUGGGGAGCAGCAGGGUGUGAUUUUGAACCGGAGGUUGAGGCAGAGGCAGAGGCAGGGGCAGGGGCAGAGGCAGGGGUGGGUGGCGAGCGGAUGGGAUGGGCGGAAGGGGGGCACAGCGGAGCGUGGGGCUCUGAGCGUGACUUCAUGGGCCAACAGCAGCAGCAGCAGCAGCAGCAGCAGCAGCAGCAGCAGCAGCAGCAGCAGCAGCAGCAGCAGCAGUCACUACGGCAACAGGAGGACGGGCGGGAUGAGCAGGAGCAGGACGAGCGGAAUGGGCGAGAGCGGCAGCCGAGGCAGCAGGGGAAGGAGCCGAGGGAGCAGCAGAGGGAGCAACAGCAGGGGCAGCAGCGGAGAGAGACGUUUCUCCGUCCACCUCUACCCGCGCAGCAGCGACGCCCCUCCAAGUCUCCCGAGCUCGUCACCCAGCGCACUAAUUCUGCCUCCCGCUCCUCCGCCCCUCGCUCCCCCCACUCCUCCGCCCCUCGCUCUCCCCUCUCCUCGUCCCUCCCCCCCGCACUCCGAGCCUCCUCCCCCGCUCCCCGCAUGCCAUCCCCCUCCCUUUCGCCUGCCCCCUCCGCCGCCCCUAGCAGCCCUUCCCCCUCCCCCCGCCCCCUGGCGCUCUUUGAGCGCAUCACCCGCCGCCGCCAGACCAGCCCUAGUGGCGCGCGCCCCCCUUCCGCCAGUGGCAGGCCCCCUAAGUUCCCCUCGCGCGCCACCCCCCCCGCUGCUUAUAGCGGAGAGGGAGAUGGUAGAGAUUAUAACCCGUAUGCCCAGGCAGGAGGGAGGGGAGGGGGUAGCCGACUGGGGAGCGAAGGGGGGGCACCUCUCCAAACCAACAACACCUUCCCCUCCUUCACACCGACCUUCCCUCACAGCCCUUCUGAUGCUCCAGCCGUUUCUGCCGUCUCUGCUGCCAUUGCUGCCACUCCAGAUGCCCCUGGCGCUGGCACUCAGUUGCCAGGUCUUCUCACAGGCGUGAAUCCCAAUAGCAUGAAUCCCACUAGCAUGAAUCCCAAUAGCAUGAAUCCCACGUCUCCCUCCCCUCCUCCUCACUUUUUCGGCACCUCUCCCUUCCAGUCCCUAGCUUCCCCCGCCUUUCCCAACCAGGCCCUCCCGAACCCCCUUCUCCCGAACCAGUUCCUGCCAAACCAGCUCCUUCCGAACCAAAUCCUCGCGAACCAGCUCCUCCCGAACCAACUCGCACAGGGCUCCCAAACCCCAGUCGUAUCCAUGCCUUUCGCCCCACCCACUCUCUCAAUCCCUCUCUUUCACCCUCUCUCAGGUCCUUCUAUGCACCUCCGAGCAUUAGUAGGCCUACAGGCCGAAUCCCAGCAGAGCAAUUCCGUCUCCCUGCCUGCUGGUGGGGCUGCUGUGGGGAUUUCCCCGGCUGGAGGGGGGUAUUUCUGUGGUGCCCCUGGCACGGCGGCGGCUGGAGGGUGUUUAGCCGGUGCUGCUGCAGGGAUGGCGUCUGGAGCGCUGGGGCUUGCGGGAACAGGUGCUGGGGUUGCUGCAACUGCAGCGGGGAUGCUGGGGUGUGGUGCUAUGGGUGCUGCAGGGUCGGGUGCGGUGCUGAUGAGUGCGCAGGUGUCCCCGCAGAUGGCUCUGCUACAGAAGUACCAGCAGUACCAGCAGCAGCUGCUGCUGCAGCAGCAGGGGAGGCAGGGGCAGCAGGGGCAGGGGCAGGGGCAGGGGCAGGGGCAGGGGCAGCAGAGGCAGGGGCAAGGUGCAAGAGGAAGUGGGCAGGAGGGGAAUGGAGGGACUGGCAAGAGAAGUAGUCAGAGGGAGGAGGAGAGGCGCGGAGUGAGUGGGAGAGGAGAAGAGGAGGCGAGGAGAGUGAAUGAGGGUGAGAGGAGAGGAGGGGUUGAUGUGGAUGGUGGUGAUGGUGAUGAUGGGGGUAGCGAGGAGAAUGGAGAGGAGGAAAGGGAGGAGGAGGAGGAGGAGGAUGGGUGGACAAGGGACCUAUCUCGGAGCAGAGGCAGGAGUAGGAGUUGGGAGAGUGAGAGUGAGAGCGAGAGUGAGGGAGGUAGCUCAGUGAACAGGCUAUCGAGUAGACUAGAGGGGAGGAGGAAGAAGAGGAGGAGAAGGAGAAGGGAGGAGGAAGAUGAUGAAGAGGAUGAGGAUGAUGAAAACGAGGGGGACAGCAGGGAGGUAUCAGAGAGGGAGGAAGAGAGGCUGAGGAAAAAGGAGGCUGAGGCCAACCCUCUCAACCCCACUGCGCUCAACCCCACCGCUCUCAACCCCUCUGCACUGAACCUCUCUGCUCUCACCCCCUCUGCCCUGCACGCGUUGUCUGCCAACCCUGCUGCUCGGGCCCUCUCAGGGUUCAACGCCUCUUCAUUCAACGCCUCCUCAUUCAAUGCUUCUUCCUUUUCCGGUUCACCCCUGCGUCCCUCCUCCCCCUUCCACCCAUCUUCCCCCUUCCACCCCUCCUCCCCAUUCCAUCCCUCGUCCCCAUUCAACCCUCCCGGCAGCUCUCUGCUUGGCAAUCCCCCCUCGAGUUCCCUCGAUGGCAAUCCCACCAGUACCUCUCUCAACAACAACCCCCCUACCAGCCAAUCCCUCAACGCCAAUCCCCCCACCAGCUCUUUGCUUGGUAACCCUCCCACAAGCGCUCUGAACGGUGGCCUUCAGGGCCAGGAGGGCGUUCCGUCUAUGCAGCCCUUCCAGUCGGCCCAAAGAGAUGCUUCAGAGGGGAAUACGCGCAUCAAUGCUUCAGGCAGCACGGGGAGCGGGCUUGAUGCGCUCAAGUCCUUCGAAGCUUUCCAGGCGUUUCAGGCCUCUCAGGGUUUGCAGUCGGUUCAAGGGGAGGGUUUAGAGGGGAAUGCGGGGGGUGCUGCCCCUCCUGCCGUUGAUGCUGCAUCGCCGUGUGGGUUGGCCGAGGGGUUGAGAGGGGUGGAGAUGGGCGGGGAACGGGGGGUGGUGCGGGUGUGGGCGGCAGCAGCAGCAGCAGCUGCAACAAUUUCAGCUUCAGCUUCAGCAGCAGCAGCAGCAGCAGCAGCAGCAGCAGCAGCAGCAGCAGCAGCAGCAGCAGCAGCAGCAGCAGCAGCAGCAGCAGCAGCAGCAGCAGCAGCAGCAGCAGCAGCAGCAGCAGCAGCAGCAGCAGCAGCAGCAGCAGCAGCAGCAGCAGCAGCAGCAGCAGCAGCAGCAGCAGCAGCAGCAGCAGCAGCAGCAGCAGCAGCAGCAGCAGCAGCAGCAGCAGCAGCAGCAGCAGCAGCAGCAGCAGCAGCAGCAGCAGCAGCAGCAGCAGCAGCAGCAGCAGCAGCAGCAGCAGCAGCUUCCCCCCCCCCCCGCAGCAGGAAGCUCCUUCGCCCACAUGCCCGCCCCUCGCCUCCCCAUCCCCCACUCGGAAUUCACCGCUUCCCUCCCCUCACCGCUCUCCCCUUCCCUCCCCUCACCGCUCUCCCCUUCCCUCCCCUCACCGCUCUCCCCUUCCCUCCCCUCACCGCUCUCCCCUUCCCUCCCCUCACCGCUCUCCCCUUCCCUCCCCUCACCGCUUGCCCUUUCCCUCCCCGCACCCCUCUCCCCUCCCACAGUUCAAGCCAAAUCAACAUAUUCCUCAUCCCUCCUCUCCCCUUCCCACUGCUCCUCCUCCCCACGCCCACUCUCGUUUUGACAUGUCACCUCCGCCUCCCCACAACCGUUCCAGCACUCCUGCAGCAUGAGAACAUCGUGCCAUGUGUUGGCGCCAUUCGUACCACCGCACCCUCCCCCGCCACUGGCAGCACCAACGCGAGCGCCAGCCACAACAACAGCAGCAGCAGCGCCGCCGGCGGCGGCAUUCACCUGCUGUUUGCGGCGUUUGACUAUGUGCCCGUGCCGUCGCUCUCCCACCAGCUCACUGAGUGCGGCCCCAUGCCCGAAGAAACCCUCGCCUUCUGCCUUCGCCAGGUGGUUGAAGCCUUGGUGGCAUUUCACUCCCUCGGCAUCCCCCACGGCCGUGUGCGCACCAGCAGCGUCUUUGUUCCCGACGAUGGCGUGGUGAAGCUGGCUGGGACCUCGUUCCUGGAUGGAGAAGGGGAGGGAGGGGAGGGCGGGGAGGAGAGAGAGGGGGGAAAGGAGGAGGGAGGGGAGGGGAGAGAGGAGGGAGGGGAAGAGGGGAGGAGAGGAAGCAAGGUGCCGUGGUGCUCUCCUGAGGAAAUCAGAAAGGAGACAGUGGGAGAAGCAGCAGACAUAUGGGCAGUGGGCUGUCUGGCAGUGCACAUGGCAACAGGAGCAUUACCAUGGGCGCAAGUGGGGGACGAGGAGCAAGUGAGGCUCUUCAUAGCGCACAGCAGGGCUCUGCCUGACCUGCCGCCCGACUCCUCGCCGCAGCUCAUUGAUUUUGUCGCAACCUGUUUGGACCGGGAUCCGUCGCGCCGCCCGACAGCCGCCCGGCUCGUUGACCAUCCUUUCCUGGCAGCAUGCUUAUGA